GUUUCGGUUACUUUGCACAUCCGUGAUAAUUGGCAGACGAUAUAAAUAUGACGUUAAAUUAAUAAAAAACGUGUAUUAAAUCCUAUAAUAUUAGUUUUAAAUUUCUAAGCAUUUAUACUUAGAAAUAAUUAUCAUAAGACCGUAAUGUACAACUUCACAAGUUUCCUCGCAAGUCUAAUAAUAGCCUAUGGACACACAUUAAACGCUUCCGAUCUUGAAAACACGACACAGCAGUAUGGGACGCCAUCCCCAGUCGCGUGUGUUUCGGCGAGGAAGCUGUCCGGUUUUUGCGUCAAGAGAGGGCGCUGUGAUUACGGCCCAACUAAUAUAGAUUUUACGCUUUACAAAACAAAAGGAUUUAUCAGACCAUGUUCAAUAGAAAACGUUUGCUGUCCUCCUCAAUAUAUCACUCCAGAUACAGCAUCCAGCAAUUCUAAUAAUAUGGACGAAUCGGAUGAAAUCAAGGAAUUCAGACUCAUAGACUAUUAAUAAUAUAGGAUAUUUAAUCACAGCCAAGCAGAAGUUAUAAUUAAUAAUAUUAAAACCAAUUAUU